AUGUGUAGCGGCCACCGGAAGCUCUCCCCGCCUUCGGCCAGCGGAGAGGCGAAGCAGCCCUCGUCAGAGACGGCGGCGUUGCUCCUCGAGAUCGCCGCCUCCGACGACCUCGCCGCCUUCAAGCGGGCGGUGGAGGACGAGGGCCACCCGUUCGAUGUUGCCGCCCACUGGUACGGCCGAUCCCCUAGCCGGGGCAUGGGCUACCAGCAACGCACGCCGCUUAUGAUCGCGGCGCUCUACGGAAGCACCGGCGUGAUGGGCUACCUCCUCUCCGCCCGGCCCGCCGAGGCCGCCCGCCGCGCCGCCUCCGAUGGCGUCACCGCGCUCCAUUGUGCCGCCGCUGGUGGCUCCCCCGCCUCUCUUGAGGCCGUGAAGCUCUUGAUCGGUGCCGAUGCGGACGUCGUUGACGCCCUCGACGCGAGUGGCAACCGCCCCGGGGACGUCGUCGCGCGGCAAUCAUUGAGCACCGUCGCCAAAUCCCUCGGAGUGAUCCUGAAAGCUCCUCCUUUCCCCGGGCUUUCAUCACCGGGCAAAGAAGAGCAACCGAAACAAGGGGAGAAGAAGGAAUAUCCACCGGAUUCGACGCUUCCGGACAUCAACACCGGGAUCUACGGCACCGACGAGUUCCGCAUGUAUACCUUCAAGAUCAAGCCGUGCUCUCGCGCCUACUCCCAUGAUUGGACGGAGUGCCCCUUCGUCCACCCCGGCGAGAACGCCCGGCGCCGAGACCCAAGGAAGUUCUCCUACAGCUGCGUGCCGUGCCUCGAGUUCCGGAAAGGUUCUUGCCGGAAUGGCGACGCCUGCGAAUACGCCCAUGGCGUGUUCGAGAGUUGGCUCCACCCGGCGCAGUACCGGACUCGGCUCUGCAAGGAUGAGACAUGCUGCAACCGCCGGGUCUGCUUCUUUGCCCACAAGCCGGAGGAGCUGCGGACGGUGAACCCCUCUGCGGCAUCAGUUGCGGGAACGUUGUUGUCCUCUCCAAGAUCGUCGUCGCCGGCUCUUUCCUCUUUGGACAUGGCGAUGGCCUUGACGCUGAUGCAGCAGCCAGGCUCGCCGAUGUCCCCUACGGCUUCGUCGGGUUUAGGGGCUGCGGCGGCGUGGAUGAAUCAAGCGGGCGGCUUGAUGACACCUCCGGCCUUGCAGCUGCCGAGCAGCAGACUCAAGGCGUCACUGAGUGCCAGAGAGUUGGAUUUCGACCUCGAGCUGCUCGGACUGGAAGGCUAUCAGCAGAAAUUUGUGGAUGGAAUCACAAGAACAGCCUCGCCGCGGGCCAACCGGGGAGCAAACACCUUGGUUGCCGCCGCGGCGGCCGCUCGAGCUCCAGAAUACACUGACUUGUUGGGGUCUGUGGAUCCAUCACUGCUGACCCAAUUACAGGGGCUCUCUAUGAGGAAGACGGGGGGAGCUCAGUUCCAAUCCUCCUCUGGAAUCCAGAUGCACCAGCCUCAAUUGCUGUCUGGAUACGGAGGCAGCCAGUGUUCCUCCCCUCCUGUGAACUCGACAUCCUCGUUCGGGCUCGACCACUCGAUGGCGAAGGCCAUCAUGAAUUCCAGGGCUUCCGCGUUCGCUAUGCGCAGUCAAAGCUUCUGCGAUCGUGGGGCGACCGCAGGCCGCCAAUCCAUGCUCUCGGCCAUGACAACCGCCGCUGCCGCGGCCGCUACGCCAUCGCUGCUGUCCGACUGGAGCUCACCAGACGGCAAAUUGGAAUGGGGCAUUCAGGGAGAGGAGCUGAACAAGCUGAGGAAAUCCACAUCCUUCGCCCUCCGCAGCAACCAUGCCACCUUUGGACGGGUAGUAGCUUCGGGGCCGAACGAGCCGGAUGUGUCCUGGGUCCAGUCUCUGGUGAAGGAUGGGCUUGACGCGAGCGAGCAUCAUAACGCGGACAUGUUCUCUCCAUGGGCGGAGGAGAAGAUAAUGGCGUAGAAGAUGCCAUUUCCUUUGGUUCUUUGCUUCUUUACAUUCUUUGGAAUCCAUUAUAUGUAGCAGUAGUAUGCACAAUAAGAGUGCAAGUUCUUUCAUUCAUCAAGCAGAUGGAUUUAUAGACGCAACAUGUUAUGUAUAUGAACAAGAAGAAGCAUUCUCUUUGA